ACCUAUUUUCCUUUUCCUUUCAUAGAAAAAUUGGCAGUAUCAUUUUCAUAUGACUUUUCACUUUAAUCUUUGAAUUUCUCUUUUUGGGCAAGUAGAGUCUGAUUUUACCAAAACAAGCAAAUUAUUUAAUACAAAAAAAUCAUUUGUUUCUUAAUAUGGCAGGGUAGCUUGUGGAAGCAAGAUGGGAUCAGGUUGAUUAAUAAGGAAAAGUAGGUUUGUGUAUUUUCAUUCUCUCUUAGCCAAAAAUGAUAGUCAAACCCAAAUUCAACCUUUUUCCUUGAAGUUACACCAAUUAUGUAUUAUCACUACUUUUGGGGAUGCUUAGUUUCUCCUUUCUUUUGAUUCCUUUACUCUCAUUUAUUUUUUUACCUUUUUCUUCUUUCUUUUCCUUUUUUAGGCUCAACCCUUUAUUUCUAUCCAUUCCUUGGUUCAUAAUAUUUUCUUUGAUUUUUCCAAUUUGGUGCAAAUCUACUUCCAUUUGAAGUUUCUUGUUGCUGCUAAGACAAGAAAAGAUGGUGAGAGGAAAAACUCAAAUGAAGCGUAUAGAAAAUGCAACAAGUCGACAAGUAACAUUUUCAAAGAGGAGAAAUGGUUUGUUGAAGAAAGCUUUUGAGUUGUCAGUGUUAUGUGAUGCUGAAGUUGCUCUUAUUGUUUUCUCACCAAGAGGAAGGCUUUAUGAAUUUGCUAGCUCAAGCGUUUCAGAAAUAAUUGGACGAUACCGCUGUCAUUGCAAGAUUAAUAAUACUACAACAACAUCUGAAUCAGUUGAAAAUACUCAGCAUUUGAAGGAAGAAGCAGAAAACAUGAGGAGGAAGAUUGACCUUCUUGAGACUUCAAAACGGAAAUUCUUAGGAGAUGGUUUGGGGUCUUGUUCCAUUGAAGAACUAGAAAAGAUAGAGCAACAGUUGGAGAAAAGUGUAGCCAAAAUUCGAACAAAAAAGACUCAGGUUUUCAGGGAACAAAUUGAGAAGCUAAAAGAAAAGGAAAAAGCCCUAGUUGCUGAAAAUGUCAAGCUCUCUGAGAAGUAUGGUAACUAUUCAUCACAGGCAGCAAAAAAGUCUCAGAGAGAAAGUGUACAAGAGGCUGAACCCUAUGUAGAUCAAAGUAGUCCAAGUUCAUAUGUGGAGACUGAAUUGUUCAUUGGACUUCCAGAAACAAGAACAAGGCGUAUUCCUCCAAAGAUCUAGCUAGCUAGUUGAGUUGAGGACUAAUAUUAAUCAAUCCCUCUGACUAUGCAAAAGAAAUAAUUAAGGGCAAGGAAAAAUGUCAUAUAAAUGAAUAUUGGAUCAUAUGUUUCCUGUAUGUAUCCUCUAUAUCUCAUUCAGAAAAACAAUUGUGCUGAAUUGGGAGAAUGAUUUGUGUCUCGUAAUAUUCUAAAAUCUAUGGCCUAAAUUACAUGUUGUAUUGAUGCUUUUAUAACUCGAAAGUCAUUAAUUAAGUACUUCUAGUAUUGGAUAA